AUGGCGCUGCCCUCAGUCAGCUCCCUCGAGGAGUGCUCCGAGUGGGCCAGGGUCGCCGAGCCCUUCAUCCCGCAGCUCCUCGACCUCCCGCGCAAGAUUGCCGCGAGCCCGCAAUCGCUUCCCCAGAUCUAUCUCGAGACGAACCCCCUCGUCUCGGGCUUUGCCUUCUCCCUGCUCAUCGCCCUCAUCACUCUCGGUCUGUCCGAGUACCACAGGAACUACUCCCAGAUCGACCGCCUGUGGAGCUUGCUGCCCAACUGGUACGUCCUGCACACGGCUGCGUGGGCGUACCUGAAUGGCGAGCCAUCGCACAGAGUCGCUCUCGCCAGUGUCGCGACCACUCUCUGGAGCGCGCGACUGACCUUCAACUACUGGCGCAAAGGAGGCUACGAGCGCGGAAGCGAAGACUAUAGAUGGGAAAUUGUUCGCAACUACGUCCCCGGCUGGGUCUUCUUCAUCUUCAACGUGACCUUCAUCUCCUUCUACCAGUCCAUCCUCCUUUUCAGCUUCGCCGCCCCACCCGCCUACUCCCUCCUCCUCGUCAGCCGCAUCGAGCCCGAGGUCACCGCCGCUGACUGGUCCUUCUUCUCCAUCAUCGUCGGCCUUGUGCUCAGCGAGUUCGUCAGCGACGGCCAGCAGUGGGAUUACCAGCACGCCAAGGCCGCGUACAAGAAGGAUGCCAAGGUGCCGCGGGGCUGGGCGCAGGAGGACCUCGACCGCGGUUUCAUCACGAACGGGCUUUGGGCGUACAGCAGGCACCCCAACUUCUUCGCCGAGCAGAUGAUUUGGUUCGUGCUGUACCAGUGGAGCUGUUACGCGACCAAGGUCCUAUACAGCUACACGGGCGCGGGCGCCGCGCUCCUCAUCAUGCUAUUCCAGGGCUCGACGUGGCUUACCGAGUUCAUCACCUCCGGCAAGUACCCCGAGUACCAGCACUACCAGAAGCAAGUUGGGAUGUUCAUGCCCAAGUCGCUUUCUGCGUACUCGAAGCCGCAGCCCAAGGUCAUCCGGACGAGUGAGCUUGCCAAGAGACAGAGCAAGAAGGACAAAUAA